CUUCACGUCACUCAAACGGUAAACACACCGCAUGAUCUCUCCAACUCUAGCAUCUACAAGCGCAUCGAUAGCAAUCCGUCUAUUUUCUGCACGAUCUGCACUGAAACCGUGUAUCUUACUUCGUCGUAGCCGCUCCAGGUUGGUUUAGUUCUGUAUUGCGUUUUCAACUUUGUAUCCCACCACAUCGCACCACAGCCGCGAUACUGGGAGGAUUCGGUCAAUAAUGGCUUCAUCCGACGAGGAUAAAAAGAUCGUCCUAUACCACUACUCCGCAUCGCCGUAUGCGAGGCGGAUCGUGUGGUACCUCGCUCUCAGGGGUAUUCCCUAUGUCCAAUGCAUGCAACCCCCCGUCCUCCCUCGCCCAGAUGUCGAGAAGCUAGGCAUCGUACACCGCCGCAUCCCGAUACUCACCAUCGGGCGCGACAUUUACCUCGACACGCGACUUAUGCUCCGCAAGCUUGAGCAGCUCUAUCCCUUGCGCGCUCGCCUGGGCGCCGAGGGUCCGGAACACGCAGCCGUGGAGCGCCUCCUCGAGGACCUUAUCAUUGACGGCGGCGUCUUCUCCAACGCCAUCAAUGUGCUCCCGACGAACCUGCCGAUGCUCCGGGACCCCAAUCGAACUUGGUUCAAGGAUCGCGAGGGUUACGUGGGCGGCAAACUUUCUGUAGAGACGAUGCAGCGUGGGCGGCCAACGGCCAUCAACGAGAUCCGCCGCACGAUGGAGCUGCUUGAGACGACGCUGCUCGCCGACGGGCGAGACUGGGUUCUCAAGACAGAGGGCCCCAGGCUGGCGGACAUCGAGGCCGUUUGGUUGCCGCACUGGCUCGCGAGCAUCCCUGGCGCGCUGCCGAAGGAGCAGAUUUCGGCUGAAAAGUUCCCAAGAGUGUUUGCCUGGAUCGAGCGCUUUCAGAAUACCAUCUCAGAGGCGAAGAAGGCAGCGCCAAAGGUCGCGACGGUCUCUGGGGAUGAGGCGGCAAGCCUUGUCGCCUCGUCGCCGUACAAUGAGGCCGGGGGCCGGGUCGACGCCGAGGACGCCCUUGUCGCUGCCGAAGGGCUCAAAGCCGGCGACGAGAUCAUCCUAUGGCCGGCUGACACAGGCGCGUCACACAAGGACACUGGAAAGCUCUUAAGCCUCGACGGGGACGAGGUGGUGAUGGAGGUUCAGGGGCACAAGGGGUCGGCGAGGGUGCAUGCGCCGAGACAUGGCUUCCGAGUGGAGAAGCUGGACAAGUUUAAGGCACGCAGAGGUUCCGCGAAAUUAUAGACACCCACCCGGUCAAUUUGUGGGAGGUUGGAGGGCUUCUGGCUUUGGGACGGGAUGAAAGACGGGAAAUUCUUCUCACCGGGCUCGGUGUGACAAUGUGUCAAGCGGUCUCUGUCGAGACACGUGAUGUUACUGCAAGAGAUUAUCAUCGGGAACUGGGUAUCGAGAAUUGCGAGCCCAUCUGAGUUAGGAUAAAGGGCCAAAAAUGUGAUCGCCCACGCCGCACGAGACAUACCAGAGCGCAACCGGCGAUACAUUGUGAGGGAUGUGUAGAUGUGCUAUUGUAGACUGUCCACCGUGAUGAUGUGCAGCUUUCACAUCAUCUCUGCCGAGCGGCAAGCUGUUGUUGGGGCUGUUACCAAGUCGCACAUAUUCUGAAUCCAGUAACCAAAAUUUGCAAGCCCAUAUCUGUCAUGGUGGGCUGUCGGCCAUGUAUUUUCGAAGUUCUGCCACGUAUGGCACAUGAUGACCCUGAAGCGAAACAACUUUGUGUAGUAGCGUUGACCGUCGGCUUGUAAACUCUGGAGAGAUGGUAUACAGUACAAUACGGCAGAGGUUAAGAAUGCAAUGUCUGCGCCAGAGUGCAACCAUAUUCGGAUCUCGGUGGUUAGUGUUGGGAAGCACGGCCGAUCAGAUCAGAAAAUCGACGAUACUGGCCGAGAAGAUGUUCGGACGAGAUGCUCCACCAGGGGGCCCAGUGCUAAAGUGUGAGACGAGGCUUAGCCAGGCACUAGUGGCGCUGCUCUUGUGGCGCCAACCCGAGGGAACGGGCGGCGCAGACGGUGCGCUAGACAGAAC